UACAAAUUCUUUAUCAUAAGUUCAAUCAAUAUUUGUUCUAGUUUAUCAAUGAAACAAGUCAUAUAUUUUAUUGAAAGAUUUGACAUUAUUUAAUGGAUGACAAGACCAGGAUAAUAUUUGUAAGUUUUACAUAACUGCAAAUCGUAUAUUAGUAAUGGAGUCCAAGUACGGGAACUAUACAUUUUCACGUGACAUAACGUUCCACACUCGUUACAGACGCUAACCAAGGAUAAACCCAACUUGAAUUAUUCAAUAUUUGCUUGCGCUUCUUGGAUUUGUAUCUCCCUCGGUGGUUGGAAUUUCUCCUUGUAUAGUUUACAUAGAAAAUGAGUGAGAAAUUAUAGUGUUACCUUUCGUGCCACAGCUUACCACUGGUAUAAUCUAUUCUUUUCCUCUUUUUCCAUAACAAAGUUUUAUUUUUAUCAGGUUGAGGAAGGGACAUUAUAAAAGGAAAGAAAAUCGAGUUGCAUGCCACAUAAUACAGCAACUAUAUGGCUUGGUUCAAUGACAUCUACUUUAGUCUUCCAUAAAUGCUUGACUUUUGAGUUUCAUCGUGACUUUCACUUUUUUGGUUGACUUUUUAACGUCUAGUUUAUUCUUUCAUACGUGAUGUCUCGCGUUGGUUUAGUUGAUUUAUAAAUUUUACAUUUAAGCCAGACACACAGAAAGAGAGAGGGGUAAUUUUGACUCAACGUUUGAGGAUACCCAAAUAUGUUUAUCUUAUUAUAAGAGAAUUAUAUUUAAAAAGGAUAUGCUACACGAGCUAGUUAAGGAGCUAAAGGAAGCCCCGUCAAAUAUCACUUGUGUUUAUGUUAGUAAUGCCUUAUUGAUUUCAUAAUCGUUGUAAAAAUAUCUUCGAAUGAAUCAUCAAGCUCCGGCGAAUGUAUACAUAUAUUCACGUAUCAGCGUCCAACGUGUUUCUAACGUGCGGAUGGACGGUGCAAGCGGUAGUAGUAACAGCAAUGGCUCUUGUAUGCUUAGGGACAAUGGUCACUUAAAACUAACUGUCGCAUUUAAAAGAGUCACCUCGCAGUCCAUGGUCAGUUAGUAAUUGCCGACUCGAUGUCCAACGCUUCGGAUAAGUUAAUUUGUGAAACGAGCCUCAUUAACUCCUACGCGUUCGAGCGACGUCCCGAAAUUAGCACGAGGAUGUCCACUUCGUGUCACGAUUUCUCUCUAUCUUUCUCUUCCUUUUUCACUGAUGUCAAAUAAAUGUAGAUGCAACGGGGAAAUUGUGCAAAGGACAAUGACAUCGUCGCUUUUAGACGAAAGAUGAGAAGGAUAACUCGAUAAUGGAGUUCUAUAUUUGUUCCAAAGUCAUAAUUUAUUGAAUUAUUUUUUUCUUUUUUCCUUCCUUUUCUCUUUUCAGAUCGGUAGAGCUCACUGUGGCAGUUGCGAUGCCAACUUAUCACAAUGCGGGUGGUGGAUACCCGAAUGUGUCAGCGCCAGCGCGGCAAGCGAAGCUCGAUGGCAAUCAAAAUCACCAUACGAUCCCUUCAAACGUAACAAGCCACCCUCUCAUUCAGAACACCACCUCGCACAACGCUCCAUCCAAUCUGUCAGCGAGCAACAUUCCGUCCCAUCCAGUAUCACCAACGAUGACUACGCAUUCGAGCGUAACAUCCUCAAAUCUGACGAGCCAUUUGAACACGGCGUCCUCACCGGUCCUCCUUACUUCGAAUGUCACGAAUCCCGGAAAUACCACUGUUCUAUCAGCCAACCCAAGGCAUGAAGUCAAGCUCAAUGCUAUGCCAUGGUUCCAUGGGAAAAUAUCUAGGGAAACUGCGGAAAGGUUGUUACGACCCAGGGAAGAUGGUCUGUUCCUAGUUCGAGAGUCGACGAAUUUCCCUGGAGACUAUACUCUGUGUGUGUGUUAUCAAGGACGCGUGCAACACUAUAGAGUGAAGUACAAGAAUAAUCAACUGACCAUCGACGACGAAGAGUUCUUUGAAAAUCUAGCUCUCUUAGUCGAACAUUAUGAGCAAGAUGCCGAUGGUCUUUGCACUCAGUUAACUAAAUCUUUACCGAAGCAAGGGAAACAAGACUUUUGCGUCGAUCCCAAAGCCUUCGUUGAAGCUGGCUGGGUUAUCCAGACUCACGAAUUAGAAUUAAGAGAGUGUAUCGGUAAAGGUGAAUUUGGCGACGUUUUGCUCGGUGUUUAUAGGGGCGAAAGAGUGGCCGUGAAAAUGUUGAAAGACAAUAGCGAAGCAGCGCAAAGGUUUCUUGCUGAGGCGAGUUUAAUGACUUCGUUGAUUCAUGACAAUCUCGUUAAAUUACUUGGUCUUGUAUUCAACAAUCAACACAUGUACCUGGUUACGGAAUAUAUGAGCAAGGGAUCCCUUGUGGAUUACUUGAGAUCUAGAGGCCGAUUACACGUUUCUAAAAAAGAUCAAAUUAAUUUUGCCUACGACACGUGUGCGGGUAUGGCAUACUUGGAGUCGAGACACGUCGUUCAUCGCGAUUUAGCCGCGAGAAAUGUCCUCGUUGCGGAAGACAAUUCCGCCAAAGUUUCGGACUUUGGCUUGGCACGAGACGAAAACUUCUCUCUCGAUGGUGGAAAGUUGCCCAUCAAAUGGACCGCCCCUGAGGCUUUAAAGCAGAACAAGUUUUCUAACAAAUCUGACAUGUGGAGUUUCGGAAUACUCCUUUGGGAAAUCUAUUCCUUUGGACGUGUGCCCUAUCCACGUAUCCCUUUAGCCGACGUUGUCAAGUGUGUGGAAAAAGGUUACAAAAUGGAACCACCAGAAGGAUGUCCGCCCGAAGUAUAUGAUAUUAUGAGACAGGCCUGGGAUCUUCAACCAGAGAAAAGACCUACGUUCCAUGAUAUUAAAGUAACGCUUGGUCAGCUAAAAGCUGAGUACACCAAAGGGGUGAAUUAAAAGACAACUAUCUUAAGUCGACCUAGAUACCAUGUUAAAGUAACACAUAACAGAACUGAUUUGUCCAAUACGAUGCUUAUUUCAUUUUAAGGACAAAAGGUAAUAGUGGCUCUAAAAUCAUCGGGUAGAAAAAAAAAAGAAGAAGAAAAAGAAGAAGAAGAAUGAAAUGAAAAGAAGAACAAGCAAAUGCAAUUCUUAUUGUACAUUUUAUACAAUACUAUUUGUGUCGUCGUUUAUAUUUAUUGCUAAUUUAGUUGUCGAGAAUAUGGGGAAGUUUUAAUUUUUAUAUGACAAUAUUUUGCACAAGCAUUACCUACGUCGUGCCUUUGUUCAAGUUGAUAUUCUGAAUGAAGAUACUCGACUUGUACAUUCAAAAUCCGUGUUGACUCGAGCCGAUGUCGGGUUUGAAGAUACUUAAUCUGAAAUAAUUGCCUAUCACACUUAAUGAUCCUCAAUGGACGUACCUUUUUACAGUCUGUUAUGACAUAAUAUGUGAACGAUACGACGUCGCCUGAUACGUUCACAACUUAUAUCCGUUUGGAAAUAUACUUUAGAGACUUUACCAUAGUAGAAAAUGUAAUUUCGACGUACUGUGCAGUUCCACGUUGAAGUGAACUGAUUUUAAGAUUAUUCAUACUGGCUCUAACGUAUCUGUCAGUAGAAAUUGCUCUUUUGGGCAUGAAGUUACGUAACCUUACACUUUUUCACUCCUGUAGAACAGUUCAAAAUAUUUCCUGUUGUUAAAGUUUCGAACGAUCUAUUUCAGCGAUUGUAGGGUUGCAAGUAAUUGCUGGCGGCUUAGAUU